AUGGCCUCGUCCACUCCCACCCAUUAUAUGAACCCUUCCGGAGCCCACCAGGUCCACCACCAGAACUUCCCCAACCAGCUCCAGAAACACCUCCGGCACCCGAACCAGAGCCACCGGAGGAUCUCCCAGAGAUUCCCCGCCUCCUCCCCCUCCUCCUCCGUUCUCUCCUCCUCCUCAUCUGCCAUUAAUGCCGCUUCCCCGGCAGCUGCCAGCGGCAGCACUCUUACGGCCUCUGUCACCUCCCUCUGCUCCGUCGCCGCCGCUUCCUCCACCUCCUCCCCUUCCUCCUCCCAAGGCGGCGGCGCCACCAAGGCGGAGCUGGGCCCCGAGUUCCGGGGAGCGAGGUCCACGAGGGUCGUCUCCAAGAGGCACGUAAACCGCCCCAGAGCCUCCACCGGCGGCGGCGGCCACCAGCGGCCCCCUUCCACCGCCGUGCUCGACUGUCUCACUCAUCUGGGCAGCAGCGCCACCGGCGAAUCCCUCACCAACCUCCUCCUCAACUACGAUCUCAUCCUCUCCGGCUCCGACGACUACGUCCAUCUCAUCCGGCAGCUGGGGGAAAGGGGCGACAAAGGAUGCCUCAAGGUGGUUGAAUGCUUCCACUUCGCCAUGCCCAGGAUGAGAGAUCACACGGAGAAGGGGAAGCUCCUCACUGCCCUGAUCAGUGUCCUGGGGAAGAUGGGUCGCCCCGACCUGGCCAAGGAGGCCUUCGACGCAGGCCUUGCAGGCGGCUAUGGCCACACCGUCUACGCCUACUCCGCCCUCAUCUCCGCCUACGCACGCAGCGGGCUCUCCUCAGAGGCCCUGAAGCUCUUCGAAACCAUGAAAGCCGUCGGCUUGAGGCCCAACAGCGUGACCUACAACACAGUGAUCGACGCCUGUGGGAAGGGCGGAGAAGACCUCCAGAGGAUGACCCAGAUCUUCAGGGAGAUGCUGAGCAAUGGGGUGCGCCCAGACAAGGUGACCUUCAACUCCCUGCUCGCUGGUUGCAGCCGCGCAGGGCACUGGGAAGAUGCUAGGGAGAUGUUCGACGAAAUGCUCCUGAGAGGGGUCUCCAGAGAUGUCUUCACCUACAACACCUUCAUUGAUGCUGUCUGCAAGUGCGGGAACAUGGAGAUGGCCGUGUGGCUGCUUACAGAGAUGCGGGUUAGCAAUGUCCUCCCCAAUGUGGUCACUUACAGUACUCUGAUGGAUGGGUACUCGAAGCUGGACAGGUUUGAGGAGGCGCUGAGGCUAUACGACGAGCUCAAGUCUGUGGGCAUUACCCCUGACAGGGUCUGCUUCAACACCCUCCUCUCCAUCUUCGUCAAGAUGGGGAGGUAUGAAGAUGUGGUGAGGACCUCCGAGGAGAUGGAUAGGCUCGGAAUUGACAGAGAUAUCGUCACCUACAAUGCUCUGAUAGCCGGGUACGGGAAGCAGGGCAGGUUCGAGACUGUUUCCUAUCUGGUUCAGAAGAUGAAGGAGGAGAAGAUCCAGCCCAAUGUGCUCACCUAUUCCACCCUGAUAGACGUCUACUCCAAGGCGGGCAUGUACCAGAGCGCCAUGGACAUGUACAUGGAGUUCAGGGGGACGGGCUUGAAGUCGGAUGUGGUCCUGUACAGCUCCCUGAUCGACACGCUGUGUAAGAAUGGGCUGGUGGAGUCGGCGGCCUGGUUGCUCAAUGAGAUGAUAAUGGUGGGGAUCAGGCCCAAUGUGGUCACCUUCAACUCCAUCAUCGACGCCUUUGGGAGGUCAGCCCUGGUGGAGGAGGCCGGUGGCAGGGGUGAGAAGGAGGCUAAGGAGGGCGAUGGCAAAAUUCUGCAGGUUUUUGGGCGGCUGGCAAGAGGCAGUGCUCCUGUCACAGAAGCGGCGAGGAGGAGCUCCCAGGAGUUGGUUUGCAUUUUCGAUCUUUUCCGCAGAAUGCAUUGCCUGGGCAUAAAGCCAAAUGUGGUAACCUUCUCGGCCAUCUUGAAUGCCUGCAGGUGAAAUCAAGAGUCCUCUAUCAUCUUGCCUCCAUUUUUAGCAUUUUAGGUCCUGGUUUGUGGAUCUCCGGCUGACCCUGUUCACUGUGUCUGUGGUGGCAGCCGGUGCGACUCUUUUGAGGAUGCCUCCACCUUGUUGGUUCAGCUCCAGUCAUUUGACAACCACGUCUAUGGGGUUGCUCAUGGGCUUCUGAUGGGCUCAAGGGAUGUGUGGGUCCAGGCCCGGUCUCUCUUUGAUGAAUUGAAGAGGAUGGACUCGUCGACGGCAGCUGGCUUCUACAAUGCUCUGACCGAUAUGCUGUGGCACUUUGGCCAGGUGAGCUAAUUUUAUGAAGCCUUUGUUGGGGUUGACUCUGUAUAGAUCUUGGCACUUAAAUAAAUAAAUAAAUGACUAAUCACUGUAUCUUGCUGUCAUAGUCCCUAACCAGAAAUAAUAUAUAUAAUCAUUUUCUACUGAUGUGGACUAGCAUGGUGCUAGAAUAAUAUCACAUUUGAAAUAUUAAGUAAACUCCUAUGACUGCAUAGAUUGAUUUUAAGCUGGAUAGCCCAAUAAAUGAUUUUUUUUUAGAUAGGGAAAAAAGAAUUUUUGAAGGAUCUAAUAUGUUCCACCCAUUAUCAGGAGAUUGGUCGCAGGUCCUUGAAGCUCUUUUGGAGCAUGAAAUUAAUUUCUCGUUCAAUUUCUUGUCGGAAUAGUCCCAUAUUAAGAUGAAAUCCUAUGGAUUGGCCUUGUUCACAUAUUGUCCAUUGGUUUUGAAUCAGAUAAAUAAAAUCUCACAUUAUAAAUGAUAAAUGAAAUCCUAUGAUCUAUAAAGCUUGAUUUUAAGUGGGGUAACCCAAUACUGUAAUGCAUCUAACAAAAGAAACCUGAAGAUCUUAUAUACCCAUUACUAAUCACGUUGGUUGCAGCUCCUCAAAAGCACUUAUUGUGCAUGAAAUUGCUUUGAGACAGAGACAUGACCUGGCUCAUAUCAUUACUCAGUCUACUCCCUGGUUCAUAUAUCUUCAAUGAAACCACCUCUUCAAUAUCUCUAAUGCUGCUACUUCUUUGUGAACAGAGACGGGGAACACAGCUUGUUGUAUUUGAGGGGAGGCAGCGGAAAGUCUGGGAGAACACGUGGAGUGACUCCUGCUUGGAUCUUCACCUGAUGUCUUCUGGGGCAGCUCAAGCUAUGGUUCAUGCUUGGCUGCUCAACAUACGCUCCAUUGUCUCCGAGGAUCGUGAACUACCUGACUUGCUGAGGUAUGUUCCUAUGUGGGGAAAAAUCCUAACUCUCAAUUAGUUCUUCGGAAGCAACAAUAAUAACAAUGUUCGGUUUCAACAGUAUCUUGACUGGAUGGGGGAAGCACAGUAAGGUGGCGGGCACGAGCUCGGUCCGGCGUGCUGUGGAGAUCCUCCUUGCUUCAAUGGGUUCCCCUUUCCAUGCAGAGAAGUUCAACAUGGGGAGGUUUGUGUCCCAGGGAGCAAAGGUCUCUGCCUGGUUGAAGGAAUCUGGGACUUUGAAUGCGCUCACUCUUCGUGACGAUAGAGCUCAGCCUAAUGGUACAUUCAGCCCAUUGUUAUCUAACUUUAAAGCAUUGUCCUUGUAG